UGAUUUUCUUGAUUCAAGAUUAUUUUUUUAAUCAAAUUAUUGAAGCUAUACUUCUUUUGGCGCGUUAGGCAACAAUGAUGAGGGUAAAUUUAAAAAAAAAAUGAAAUUUCGAAUUAGUUAUGUCGGAAAGUGAAGGUUGUUGUUCUCUAAAAACAGACAUGGUUUGGUCUCGUCCUCCAGGUGAUUUGAAAGUAUGGGAUUCCUUGGAAAUCACAAAUGCAGCUGGAAAAAAAUUGCGGUUUGUUAUUCAAGAAAUACCGGAAGAUCGAUACGAAGAAGCUUUAGAUCAUUUAUGUGAUAAUUAUCUGAGAUACGAAGAUAUGCGUAUGAGUCUUGAAGUAGUAAAUGAUACAGCAUCAGUGGCUUACAAUCGUGCAUUUUGGAAAACGGGCAUCAAUCAAGAAAUUUCUAUUUGCACACUUGAUGUUACUGAAAACAACAAAGUGCCUGUAUUGGCUGGGCUAAAUAUUUUGAGAGUAAUUGACAAAGAUACGAGUAAAAUAAAAAGACCUGUUACGAGCGACAUGGUAAAAACUCAGAAAAUAAUAAAUUAUGUACAAAAUGCUGCCGGGGAAGCGGAUCCAUGUGAAAGAUACGGAGUUGAUUAUUUUUUAACGGGCACUGGGUUGGACAUAAAUCCGCAUAAAGUCGGUGAGACAUACAACAUACCAGUAACUUCAACAAUGUUUUCUUCUCUGCUGGCCCAAAAAACCGCGGCAAAAGCUAGGUUUGUUGAUUUUCUAGAGCGAGGGUGGGAUGAAGCUACUGACGAUCAUGGAGAACCGUUGUUUCCAGGACUAAAAAGUCUUCGUUGGAAACAAAUGGAUAAAGUAUUAUUGUAAAAAAUUAAUUUUGACAGAAAAUCCAUUUUCGCAAAUAAUAAAACUACUCGAAAACCAUUGGCUACAAAAUCAAUUUAUUUUUAAUAAGACGAUAGACUGAUAAAUUAUCAGUAAUGUUUUAUUUUUUAUAAUCAAUCGAUAGAGAUUUAAAAUGUAAAAAUAUUAAUUUGAAGUCAGUGUUAUUAAUAAGUACUCUACUCUAUAAUUAAGUACAUGAAUUAUGGUUAUGAGUUACAAGUAAA